AAUUCCAUUAUUAGCCGGCUAGUCGAUGGUGAAAUUGCUUCUACGUUCUGUAUUUAUACGAUUCUCGUGUAGGAGGAAAGAUUUAGUCUGAAAGCAGAGAGUGGUGCGAGUAUGAAGUUAGGACGCGCAAUUUGUGCUUUUGGUUGAAUUAACUACGUUACUCGUGUUUACAUUUUUUUUUAUUAGAAAUGUGGAUGGUGUUAGGCUUAAUAGCUCUUGGCACGUAUAUCGUUGUCAAAUGGGUUUCGAAAAAUUUUGAUUUCUUUGAAAAACAAGGAGUGAAAUUUGUGAAACCUUACCCUCUCAUUGGGACGAAUACAUGGCUGUUGGGACGAGAAAAUAUCGCUGUAAUUUUAAAGAAGUUCUAUGAUCAGUUCCCGAAUGAAAAAAUUUUCGGUCUUUUUAACUUUGCUGCUCCAUUUUAUGUGAUUCGUGAUCCAGAUUUGAUAAAACACUUAGCAGUUAAGGAAUUCGAAAACUUUUCAAAUCAUAUGAAAUUUGUAGAUACAAAUCAUGAUGAAUUCUUUGGAAGUAUGUUGACAACGUUACGUGACAAAAAAUGGAAGGAAAUGAGAAGCGCAUUGAGUCCAAUUUUUACUGGAAGCAAAAUGCGAAUGAUGUUCGAGUUAAUGUCUGAAGUGGGUGAAGAAAUGUCUGAGUAUUUCUGGGAAAAAUAUUCUAAUCAAGGGCCAGUUGCAUAUGAUAUCAAAAACAUUUUUUCACGCUUCACAAACGACGUUAUUGCAACAUGUGCAUUUGGAGUUAAAUGCGAUUCAUUCAGGGACCCCAGCAAUGAGUUCUUUAAGAUUGGCCAGAGUUUCGUGAGAUUUUCAAGUCCACUGCAAAUGAUGAAAUUUUUGCUCAUAAGAUACUUUCCCAAAACAUCAAGGACGUUUGGACUAAUGAUAUUUUCAAAAGAUAAUAAAAACUUGUUUUACAAGAUGAUAAUAGAAAAUAUGAAUACGCGAGAAAAGAAUAACAUUCAUCGUCCCGAUCUGAUUAAUUUGUUAAUGCAAAUCAGAAAGGGUGAACUUCACCAUGAAGACGGUAACGAUGAUGCUGAACAUGAAUCAAUUGCUGCCGUUAAAGAGGAAAUACACAACCAUGGAAAUAUUUCGGCAAAGAAACUAUGGACAGACAACGAAAUUAUUGCGCAAUGUUUCUUAUUCUUCAUAGCUGGAUUUGAAACGAGCUCAGCUACUCUUCGCUAUUUAGCUUACGAGUUGGCUACCAAUCCUGAAGUCCAGGAGAAAUUAGUCACUGAGAUUGAUAAACUUCAUGAAAACUUAGACGGAAGCCACUUGUCUUAUGAGAAAAUCCAGUCACUCAAGUACCUGGACAUGGUGAUAUCUGAAACCCUUCGAAAGUGGCCAGCAGCAUUCACUACUGACCGACAAUGUAGUAAAGACUUUACCUACAAGGGAGAUGAUGGUCUCGAAUUCAAUUUGGAAAAGGACAUGGUUAUUUGGAUACCAAUAUAUGGACUUCACAUGGAUCCGAAAUAUUAUCCGGAACCAGAAAAGUUUGACCCGGAACGAUUUGAUGAGAGUAACCGCCACAAUUUGAAUUUAAACGCCUACUUACCAUUUGGAAUUGGGCCGAGAAAUUGCAUUGGAUCACGUUUUGCACUCAUGGAGAUGAAAAUCGCAAUUUAUUAUCUUCUGUUGAAAUUCACUUUUGAGGUCGGUCCAGAAACGCAAGUUCCAUUGAAACUGAAGAGGACUCCUAAUGGUCUGCAGCCUGAUGUUGAUGUCAAAUUACGCUUGCAACCCAGGCAUGUUUAAUAACACAGUAUGAUCACAGUAAUAAAGGAUAAACCUUUUUUAUCGUACCUCAAGAAGGGAGAACUGUAGUCUCGUUGUUGAAAAGACGGUCAAUUGAAACCCCUUUGAAGAUAGUCCAAAUCGCAGGGAAUUUCUCAAGUUCAUAAUUUUUUAUUUGUCCUUUAAACUGAUUUCUUAGUCCUAGGCCUUAGUACCUUUGUAUUCGUCUCAAGACUGUUUUUAUGAAUUAUUAGACAUUUGUCUGGUAAGCUAACCUGUGUUCAGUUCGCAUGUGGUUAACGAAUGCUGAAUUUGGGCAUUUCGAACAAAAUAAUAUUACACAAAAAUUUUUGUAGAUCCUUUUGGUGAAAUUCCCUGACACAAUAAUUAAUAAAAUUUUCGAUAUCUA